AUGUGCAACGACAGCUCCAUCACCCAGUUCCUCCUCCUGGCAUUCGCAGACACACGAGAGCUGCAGCUCUUGCACUUCUGGCUCCUCCUGGGCAUCUACCUGGCUGCCCUCCUGGGCAACGGCCUCAUCAUCACUGCCAUCGCCUGCGACCACCGCCUCCACACCCCCAUGUACUUCUUCCUCCUCAACCUUCUCUCCCUUCUCGACCUGGGCUGCAUCUCCACCACUCUCCCCAGAGCCAUGGCCAAUUGCCUCUGGAACGCCAGCACUAUCUCGUACUGGGGAUGUGUUGCACAGCUCUUUCUGUUUGCCUCCUUGAUCUCAGCAGAAUAUUAUCUUCUCACCGUUAUGGCCUAUGACCGCUACGUGGCCAUCUGCAAACCCCUGCACUAUGGGACCCUCCUGGGCAGCAGAGCUUAUUUAGUGGUGUCAUUUCUGUACUCGGUGGUGCCUCCAGUAGUUAACCCCCUCACCUACAGCAUGAGGAACAAGGAGAUCAAGGAUGCCCUGAGGAAACUGAUCCCAUGGACCUUGCACCAUUAA